AAAUCAAAGGUUUGAGGACCAGACGUGAGUAUCUGUUCCAUUUUCCCCGUUGCCAUAGCAACGCCUCAACAAGUCAAGAAUGGUCCGCGUCAGCGAGGACCUUAUCCGCCGUCGUGCUGAGCAUAACAACUGUGAGAUCUUCUCUCUGGAGGAGGUGUCUCUGCAUCAGCAGGACAUCGAGCGGAUUGAGCACAUCAACAAGUGGUGCAGAGACCUGAAAAUCCUUUAUUUACAAAAUAACCUCAUUCCAAAGAUAGAAAAUGUUGGGCGACUAAAGAAGUUGGAGUAUUUGAAUCUUGCCUUGAAUAACAUUGAAGUGAUUGAAAAUUUGGAAGGCUGUGAAAGUCUUCAGAAGCUGGAUUUAACAGUGAAUUUUGUGGGACGACUGAGCAGUGUGGAAACUCUUAGCCAGAAUGUGCACCUGCAUGAACUCUACCUGGUGGGGAACCCCUGCGCUGAGUUUCAGGGCUACAGGCAGUAUGUGCUGGCUUGCCUACCUCAGCUACAGUGGUUGGAUGGCACAGCAAUAGGACGAUCAGAGCGGAUAAGGGCACUACAAGACAUAGAUGGCCUGAGGAGGCAGAUCUUAGAACAGGAGGCAGAGUAUGUAGAAGAGAGAGAGAAGCAGAAAAAAGGACUUAAAGAGACCACACUCAACAGACCACAGGAUCUAGAUCAUGCUUGCAGCAUCUCUUCAAUCUCUGAAGAAGACACAGAGACCUGGAAGCAAGACCCAAAUCCAGAGUCUCACCCAAACCCGAACCUAAACACAGACUUAAACUCACACUUGAUGGACACACUUGAGGAUAGGGAUUUCUGGGAAAAGCCAUGCACCUUCACUCCUGAGUCAAGAUUGGAAGCACAUCGUCAUCUUGAGGAAAAGAGGAGUCAGAAAGAAGAAAUGAGGGAGCCAAAAAACAAAGGUAAACCUCGCAGAGCUCUGAUCACUCCAGAGGGAAGAGUUCUGAAUGUUAAUGAAGCAAAGCUGGGCUUUACUCUUAGUGAAGAUGAAGACAACAACAGUGUGCUUCUUGAUCUACACGUGUACAGGCAUUUGGACACCUCUCUGCUAGAUCUUGAUAUUCAGCCUACAUAUGUAAGAGUGACUGUCAAAGGAAAGGUAUUCCAGUUGGUUUUGCCUGAUGAGGUAAAGCCUGACAGUAGCACAGCACAGCGGUCUCAAACCACUGGCCACCUGCUUCUCACCAUGCCAAAGGUACGUGGAGAGAUUAAAGUACAAAAAGCGGUUAAAUCCACUGUUACAAGCAAUAAUGCAUUCGAAGAGGAAAAGACCAGGAUGAUUUCUGGUUGUGAGAGAUUAGAAGUCGACCCCAGCAAAGGUUCUGCAGUUGACUUGACCAACAUUGUUUCUAAAGAAAACAACACUACCCAUGGACCCCUGCAGCUCUGCCAGCAAAUACAGCCUUGUGGGGCCCAAGAGAGGCCCGUUUCCAAGCAGUUUGUGGAUGACCCAGAAGUACCCCCACUCAUCUAACCAAGACCAAGAAAGGAAAAGGAUCAGAGUACCUAAGUACAACUGUGAAAUGCAUACACACCUACCAGUCACUUUCUUAGAAAAACAUGGUAGGCGUGCAAUUGUAGAGUGUAGACUGAAUGUUGCCGUUUGCAGUUUUGGGUUAGCCAUCCAAUAGAACUUCAUCAGGGUUAGCCACUCUCUUGGCCUUCGUUGAUGUGGUCCACUGAGAGCUGGAUAUUUCUGGAUGGUGGAUCACUCCCAGUCCAGUAAUGGCACUGACCUAUGUAAAAAAAAACUAAACAAAAAAACACGAACACUGCUGAGCACUGUAAGUAAAACUUCAGGGUCUACAGGCAUGUUAGUGUUAUUGGUCACAAAUGUACGUUACUUCUUCAGUAAGGUAGCAGUUUAUUUCUCUAUUUUUGGUAUGGUAAAACACUGAUAAUUCACUGCUUUUAGGAACAUGUCCAUUCCUGUUCAAAACAGAGAUGUUGUCAAAAUUACUAGAUCUGGAUGGGUUAUGUUUUUAUUAAUAAGCUUGUUGAUUAUUUCCUCAGUUCUUUGUGUGUGUGUGUGUGUGUGUGUAGCAGAUAAUGUGUGAGUAAUUCUUGUUCCUCCUGACUCAGAUGAUGGAAAGUCUCAUCAUCUCAUCCAUAUUCUUUAAACACACAUACCAUCUGAUUCAUAGAGGGCUGGUAUUACACACACAUACACACACACACAUUACCCUACUCUGAUUCAUAUAGGUCUUAUGUUACAACCAAACUCUCACAUAUAGCUUUUUCCUUUCUGUCACUUAUGUAAAAUACUCAUCAUAUACUCUUAAUUUAUGGAAAUACAAAUACACACCAAUGUAUACUGUCCAAUAACUGCAAAUGAUUGUUCUAAUAUUAAUGGGUUUGAGGCUUUGUUUGAGGUUUCCUCUAUAUGAAAGAUGAUAUGACAGACAGUAAGGGAGUUAGAAAAUUCGUGUGAGAUUUCAAAUUUGGCUGUCACAGUUAGAUUUACGUUCAAACCAUUUCUCUCAGCAUCUUCUUGUCCACCCCCCACCCCCCAUCUCUGAAGUAAUUGCCCCUCUGUCAAAUGUGUGUAAACCUUUGUCAUUUCUUUUUCUUUUUUUUUACUGAAUGAGAAAAAGGCAUGAGACCAUAUGGUCACUCUUUAAAAAUAAUGUCAUUAACUUGCUUCUGAGAGAAACAGCACAUAUGGCUGUCUAGAAAUCCCAAAUAAAUAAACUAUGUCCAUAAAGGAGCCUACUGUCAAAGUUUCCAUCUUUUUGCCUUUUGGUGCAUGGGGUUUACUUUAUCAGAACUAAUACAUUUUGAUUUUUGUAAUUUCCUGGAUGCUUGUGUUGUGUUUCUGUGCAAAUGUAUUGGCUUCACCAUGUAUUUAACCUCUGAAGUUUUCUGUUCUGGGAAGCAAACUCAAGGGAGGAUGUAGUUCACCAUGCCUGGGCAACCUCAAGGCACAUCAAACUGCAUCCCCUCUUUAGUUUGCUUGCUAUUUAUGUAGCCGUCCUGAAUACUGAUGUUGAUAGAAUUGCUUACUUAAAGUUACUUAUCUUUUAUUUGUAUUCAUAUUAAUGCAUUUUAUAAAUAGAUCUGUUUUAA